AUGGCAGCAAGUAAGAACGAAGAAGUGGCAGCGCUUGAGGCAUUGCGAGAUUCAUCGGCAGAGUUAGUGCGGUAUUUGGACGGUAUUAAUGAGAAAUUAUUGCAGAUUAAUCAUCAGAAUGAAAUGUCACUGCGUGUGUUAGAAAACUGGUCAAGUGUAAUUGCCAUUACUAAGGUUAGCUUUGAAUCAGCUGCUGCUGCUUCUUCUUCAACAGGGAAUAAAUCUCAGGCAGAAAAGGCCUUUUCUGGUCGUGAUUGUAUCAUCAUUUUCUUUCCAUUCAUGUUGGACAACUUCGAAGUGUACGAAAUCGUUUCAUCCGCCUGA